AUGCAUCGAGGCGCAGAUGUCGGAGAGCAAAGUUUCCAGACGGCGCGCUGUCGCCCCGGUCACCACUGCGUUCGCUCCGGCUCCUGCAGCCUUCGAAGUGCAGUUCAGGCCAUGCAGCUUGAACUGCACGUGCGAACACUGGGGUACGAAACCUGUGUGCUGACGGUCAGUGAGAACGACUUCGCCGAGAUAGUGUUCAAGCAGUUGGAGAUCAAGUACGGCAUCCCCUCCGCACAACAACGUGUUCUCUACGAAGGCUAUGACGGAUGUACCGGCGAUCUGCAGCGCGGCCGCAGGCUGAAGGAAUUCAAGCUGGCGCCCCAAGUUCGCUUCAUCCUGGCAAAGGUGUUGCCAGCGAAGCCGAAGACGGUCGCCCCGGACCUCAGCUCCGAGUGGCAGCCGUCCAGACGGAGGGCCAAGGCACGAGGGCCUCGCCACUGUGUGAACCGCUUGCCACCUCGUCCUCGAAAGCCUGCGCCGACAUUGAAGGAGGUGCAAGAGUCAUUGCGAGCACCGGAGGUCCCGGUCUCUCAGGAGCGUAAGGCCAGCCCUGCGAAACAGCCUCGCGAGGUUCCCUCAUCUCCUACACCGCCGAACCGGCCAGUGCCGCGUGUGAAUGGCAACGUUGAGGAGACAGGUGUCAAAGUUCAGUCGAAGACAUCCGGCGCAUCUGCGAAAGCACCCUCGCAGGCGCCGCUGCCCAAGGGGGCAUCAGCGAAUGCAGCUCCCUGGGCUGCGCCACGCGCUGCCCCAACACAGCCGUCCCACUCAUGGUCACCGCCGAUCACAGGUUCUGGCGUCUGCACGCCGAAGGCGCCCCCCGAUGUGCCUGGCAUGCUGGAGCCGCCGACCAGCUCAGGCCGGACCGUGAGGGCAGCUACUCCCGGCGCUCCUCCUGUCACAUCGACUCCAUUCCCUGGUUCCGGAUCUGCGACCAGCAACCCAGGUGUGACGAGGAUACGGAGGUGCGACUUACAACGCAUUGGCCGACUCGGCGUCGGCGCAUUCGGACUGGUAACGCUCGAGGCUGAUCGAAGGACGGGAAGAACAUAUGCUUUGAAAGCCGUCUCCAAGGGAUACCUGGCGCAUCUGCGGAUGGAGUAUUCCGUCCUCAAUGAGAAGAGGAUUCUCAAAAUGCUGGACACACCGUUCGUUGUGCGACUGCUGGCAACGUACAGUGGCAGAGAGCACGUGUACUUCCUUCUCGAGGCUGCGCUUGGCGGAGAGCUUUUCACCACGUAUGAGCGCCUUAAGCUCUAUGGCUCCGAAACGCAUGCUCGCUUCUACGUCGCCUGCGUCACGGAGGCAUUGACCCAUCUUCAUGGGAAGAACGUGAUCUACCGGGACCUGAAGCCUGAGAACCUGCUGCUGGAUGUGCGAGGCUUCUGCAAGGUGACUGACAUGGGACUGGCGAAAGUUGCGACCAGCCCGACCUUUACGAUGGUUGGCACUCCGGACUACAUGGCACCGGAGGUCAUUGAACAGGUCGGACACACCAAGUCUGUUGAUUGGUGGACACUCGGAGUGCUGCUCUUCGAGCUUCUGGCAGGACAUGCACCGUUCGAGUCCAAAUCCGGCAAUGCACAGGAGACCUACGGCCUCGUGAAGAAGGGUAUCGAGUCAGUGCGAUUUCCGGAAGCAGUCAAGAUUGAAGCCGGCCAGCUGGUGCGAAACUUGUGCCACAGGAACCCAGAUGUGCGUUUGCGCACACCGCAGCUCCGGGACAACGUCUUCUUCCGCGGCUUUGACUGGAAAGGAUUGCAAAGUCUCCGAAUCACUCCUCCACUGGUUCCCCAGGUCCGGGGGCCGCGAGACCUGACCAACUUCCGUGACUGCGAGCACGAAGACCCCCAAGCCAUGCCAUACCAGGACACUGGCAGUGGCUGGGAUAUCGGCUUCGAGGACGACGUCCUCAGCGUUGGAGCCACUGCCGCGGCAGCCGCUGCUCCCAUGUUGCCUUUACCUCACGCAGUCAGCUGUGGCUUUGGGCGGUUCGACGCCAUCGGGAACUCCUCAACGUCUUCCUGCGACAGCCAGCACCGCAUCCAGUCCAAGCGGCUACAGGGCGGCUGCGGUGGGUGCCUCUCCGCAAGCAACGCAGCGCCGGCCAGUUUGCGAGCGUUCGAGAAGACCAUAACGAUCGAGCCUGACUGCAAGGAGCGUGAGCGUAUACUGCUAAGCCCGGUGGGCUUACGGAUGGCGAGUUUUGACUUAAGCGGCACCUACCAAUCGCCUCAGUUCUCUGGAGGCGAUGGCGGGGUGGCGCCCAGCGGCCAAAUCGAACAGUCUGCAAGUCUGCAGGGACUCCGAAAUACAUUGGACGAGCCCGUCAUGGAGACCAUCAUGAGAGAUCUCAGGUCUAUUGGAACCAAGCUGAAGUACGUUAUGCUGCCUAGAGCACGCGCCGACAAAGGCAGCGGUUUGCGGGAGUGGGACCUCUGGGGUCCGUUGGUUCUCUGUUUAGCUUUGGGCAUCAUGCUCUCUAUGCGAGCAGACCAGGCCAGCUUGGCUUUUGCCCUGGUCUUCGUGAUCGUGUGGGUAGGCUCAGGCAUCGUGACCCUGAAUGCAGUUCUCCUCAAAGGCAAGAUCUCCUUCUUCCAGUCGGUCUGUGUCUUGGGCUACUGCAUCUUCCCGCUGGUCAUAGCUGCCUUCUGCUCCUUGCUUCUCCAAGUCAUAUGGCUGAAGGUCAUCUUCGUUUGUGUAGGCUUUACAUGGGCCACCGGUGCCUCGGUGGCCUUCAUGUCGGAGCUCCUGCCUGAGGAUCGGAAGGCCUUGGGAGUCUAUCCCGUCUGGUUGUUCUACGUGAGCCACCUGAGCAUCAAGAAAGCACGGGCUUUGCUCCAGCCACGCUUUGCUUCCACGCUUUUUGCAGCUUCUCACAAGCACAUCUUGCACGCUGCUCCUCUUAUCAGUCCAGAGGUCGGGCGGCUGAACAGUGCCGAGGAGGUGCUCAGCUACUUCCACAACCUUCCAAAAAAAUGUUCUGCCGACCAGGCGCUAGCCUGUCUGCUGCGCCUCGGUGGUCUUUCAAAGCGUCAAGCAGUGCAGGACUCCAAGCUCGACGAGAUUCUCUCAGCACUAAUGAAGCACAUGCCGAAGGCGCUGCGUGGCCCUCGCGCUCUCGGCGCGGCGCUAGUCGCCCUGGCGCGUCUCCGUGGUUCGAGAGCCCAGGCCGACCCUGAAGAGCUGCGGCGACGCUGCCUUGCGCGCGCCGCCUCCGAGCACGGUGCCGGGCCCCGCGCCAAGGGCCCAGAUUUGGCCAACUUCGCCUGGGCAGCUGCCACCUUGAGCGAAAAAGGUGCUGCUGUGCUACAGCACGUGGCUUCCGAGGCGCUUGCUGGCAGGCAAUCGUUGAAAUCUGGCUUCCAGCCUUUGGACUUGGCUCAACUCUGCUGGUCCAUGGGGAAACUGCAGGAGGCACCCGCACCCCUCUGCGAAGCGCUUUUUGCAGCUGCAGCACAGCGUUAUGGCGAGUUCGCGCCACAGGGAUGGGCCAACAUUGCCUGGGCCUGCGCGCGCCUCUGCCCUCGAGGGCCCAGAAGCGCCCUGAACUGCGCAACAAAGAUGAUUGCUGCUGCGGCAGGGGCUCUGCGUUCACGCCCGACGGCCUUCGCUGUGCAGAAUAUGUCGAACCUGGCCUGGGCAGCGGGGACGUUGGUCAUUCGCGACAGCCCGUUCUUCUCCUCGCUGGCCGCUGCAUGCCGUUUCGCAGAGCUGGGCGCGCAGCACGUCGCGAAUAUUGCAUGGUCCUUCGGCACUCUGGCGCAUCGGAACGACCAGUUCAUACAGUUGCUGAGUCAGCGGGCUGUUGAUAUCGGCCUGGCAACGUUUCAACCUGAAGAAUUUGCAGGCUUUCUCUCUGCACUGGGCAUGCUGAGCUCGGCGCCGCCCACACUGGAUGCUGCUUUGGAAGAGGUGCAGCGCCGUGUCACGGGGCUUGGAGCCACGGAGCUCAGCGGAGUGAUCUGGGCCCUUGCAGCUCUUGAACAGGACUCGGAAGCCUUUGCCGCUGCCGCUCCUGCAGCAGAAGAUCGCGCAGCAGAGCUGUCGCCACAAGGAGUGGCGAAUGUCUUCUGGGCAUUCGCAACCCUGGAGGUACCGUGGGAGCUUGGCACUUCUUUCCCGCGCCUGUCUGGGGCAGCGCACGCCAGAAGCCCGGAGCUCUUGCCGCAGGGCUUGGUGAACCUGGCCUGGGCUUUGACGGUGCUCACGGCCGCAGAGGCUGGCAGCGGGAGUCUUGAGGCAUCUACUCUGCAGUCAACACUCUCGCACGCAUCGAAAGUUGUUGGUUCGCUGAAGACGCUGGAGCUUGCUGCCCUUUCCUGGGUGGUUGCACGCUGCCGGGCCGAUCAUGUCUCUGCACAGGCCCGGAACCUCGAGGCGCUCUUGGCCACGGAAGUCCUGCAGCGGCUGGCAGGGGCAGAGGAAGUUGGGUUCCAGGCAGAAGAAGUCCGCGGGAAUUCCUUGGACUUGUAUAAGGCCAUGCCCGUGAUUACGGUGGCCUUGAUCAGCGGGAAGAAGGUUGUGAUAGAAGUGAGGGGGGACACCAGGGUCAAUGCACUCAUACGAGACGCACAGAUCGAACUGGGCGUCGGUCUGAGCAAGCUGAUCAACGAACGCGGGGAUUUGGUAAAUGCCUCGAUGACGCUGGACGAAGCAGGCAUUAAGAACGAAGAGACCGUGUGGGGCAUCGUACGACAGGACACGAUCGCAGCUUCUAACUCAGCCUUUGCCGUCUUGCGCAACGACGGAUCUGUCAGUACCUUGGGCAAUCCUUAUGAUGGUGGCAAAGCCAGAUUCGAGCAGCAGCAACAGCUGAAAGGUGUGCAGUGCAUCAAGGCCGCAGCACGCGCUUUUGCGGCGAUUCUGGUUGAUGGAUCGGUGGUCUCUUGGGGUCAUCCCCGAUGCGGCGGCGACAGCCGUGAGGUGCAGGACGGUCUGCAGAACAUUUGCCAGAUCCAGGCCACUAGGCAAGCCUUCGCCGCGAUCUCGAACGAUGGACAUGUUGUGACAUGGGGUGACCCGGAAGAGGGGGGUGACAGCAGCACCGUCCAGGAGCAGCUGCAUGGUGUCAAGCAGAUACAAGCGAGUUUACAUGCUUUUGCAGCAAUCUGUGAAGAUGGAUCGGUCGUUGCAUGGGGUCAGCCGGAUGAUGGGGGUGACAGCAGCGCCGUGCAAGAGCAGUUGAGGAAUGUGCUCUGCAUCCAAGCCUCGUACUGUGCCUUUGCAGCAGUGCGGAAGGAUGGAUCUGUCGUGACCUGGGGAGAUUCCAGCUACGGUGGCGACAGCAGUGAUGUGCAGGCGAAGUUGCACAGCGUUGAUCAGGUCCAGGCAUCAGAUCGUGCCUUUGCUGCUCUUUUGUCUGAUGGAUCUGUGGUGUGUUGGGGUGAUCUCGACUACGGUGGGGACAGCCGCUUGGUGGCUGAGCAGCUGACGAAUGUCCGCUGUAUCCAGGCGUCGAGUUCUGCCUUCGCAGCGAUCCGGAAAGACGGAUCCGUGGUCACCUGGGGCCUUCCGGAGGGCGGAGGCGACAGCAGAGCUGUCGAAAAAGAGCUGAGCGUCUUAAGCGGCUCUGCAAGGAAGGUGCGAGACGUGCAGUCUUCUGGAUCGGCAUUUGCAGCCAUCUUUGAGAACGGAUCUGUAGUUGCUUGGGGUGAUCCGGAGUAUGGUGGGGACUGCAGCGCAGUCGCAGAACAACUGCGCAAUGUGCGGGAGGUCCAAGCAUGCGACCGGGCUUUUGCUGCGAUCCUGGAAGAUGGUCGUGUCAUUUCUUGGGGUUGCCCACGCUUUGGCGGCAACAGCUCUGCCGUGCAGGAACAGCUGCAAGACGUGCAGCAUGUAGCAGCUUCCGAACAUGGGUUUGCAGCUGUCUCAUGCAGUAGACCUGUAGCAAUUUGGGGGAGGCUGCUUGUCCCCACAUUGGAAAUAGCGCGGUGA